AUGCCAAACGAAGCUCCAUCGACGUCCCUCCAAGAUCAGAACCCCACUACCUGUCGCCACACCUCGUUGUCGCCCCACCUCGCUGGCGACUACCACUGCAGAAUAUAUUCCUUCUUCGUCUGGCAGUCGACCUCGUCCUAUCAGAAGUAUGUUUUUUUUUUCUGUUUAUCUAUUCAUUUUGGAAAUUCGCAAUUGAUUUCGUUUGUAAUCAUAAAUUGGUAUAAAGUUAUUGUAUCACUUUUAGUCCAUAAAAGAUCAGAUCAGGGACAUCUGAAAGCUACUUCUAUGAAAAUCGUCCCAUUAUUGUUUCCAGGGCUUUGUGCAGAGCUCUUUGAUGGAAACAAUCCAUUUGAUGAGGAUGUUUACUUUUCCAAUCAUAGUAGUGAGCAUUUUACUCAGCCACCACCUUCUGUUGCUUCACCUUCUGCUGAUUCACAUUAUAUUGCUUCACCUUCUGGUAACCCCAACAAAAGGGCUAAACCCUCAACUCCUAGACCUCGAGCUCCUAGUGCCUCACCUAAUCCACCUUCUUGUGCCUCACCUAAAGAUUCUAUUACUGCUGAUGAUUUAGCACUAGAGAUGCAAGAAGCUCUACCCAUUUGA